CAGCUUUCCAGAAGCAGAGCCAAUCCACCCUCUCCAUCUUCUUCUUCCUCCUCCUCCGGAAACCCCACCCAGUCCGUGCUAUUAUUGGCCAUGGGCAGCCUCGCCUCCGAGAAGACCGUCACCGGCUGGGCCGCCAGGGACCCCUCCGGCCACCUCUCCCCCUACAACUACACCCUCAGGAAGACUGGGCCUGAAGAUGUGGUGCUGAAGGUUCUGUAUUGUGGUAUUUGCCACACUGACAUCCAUCAGGCCAAGAACCACCUUGGUGCCUCCAAGUACCCUAUGGUCCCUGGCCAUGAGGUGGUCGGCGAGGUGGUGGAGGUCGGGCCGGAGGUGACCAAAUACCGCGCCGGCGAUGUCGUCGGCGUCGGCGUCAUCGUCGGCUGCUGCCGUGAGUGCCAUCCGUGCAAGGCCAACGUGGAGCAGUACUGCAACAAGAAGAUAUGGUCCUACAACGACGUCUACACCGACGGCCGGCCGACCCAGGGCGGCUUCGCCUCCUCCAUGGUCGUCGACCAGAAGUUUGUGGUGAAGAUUCCGGCGGGGCUAGCGCCGGAGCAGGCGGCGCCGCUGCUGUGCGCCGGCCUGACGGUGUACAGCCCGCUGAAGCACUUCGGGCUGAUGUCGCCGGGGCUCCGCGGCGGCGUCCUGGGGCUGGGCGGCGUGGGCCACAUGGGCGUCAAGGUGGCCAAGUCCAUGGGCCACCACGUGACGGUGAUCAGCUCGUCGGGGAAGAAGCGCGCGGAGGCCAUGGACGACCUCGGCGCCGACGCCUACCUGGUCAGCUCCGACGCAGCGGAGAUGGCGGCGGCGGCGGACUCGCUCGACUACAUCAUCGACACCGUGCCGGUGCACCACCCGCUGGAGCCCUACCUGGCGCUGCUGAAGCUGGACGGGAAGCUGAUCCUGAUGGGCGUCAUCAACCAGCCGCUGAGCUUCAUCUCGCCCAUGGUGAUGCUCGGCCGCAAGUCCAUCACUGGCAGCUUCAUCGGCAGCAUGGCGGAGACGGAGGAGGUGCUCCAGUUCUGCGUCGACAAGGGCCUCACCUCGCAGAUCGAGGUCGUCAAGAUGGAUUACGUCAACCAGGCCCUCGAGCGCCUCGAGCGCAACGACGUCCGCUACCGCUUCGUCGUCGACGUCGCCGGCAGCAACAUCCCCGACGACUCGCCGUCCGCCUGACCGCCCUCUCCUCUCCGGCGCCAUCGUCUCAUCGUCCGUCCAUGCGUGUUUCUUUCAACUUCUUGUGUGAGCCUGUGACGACGUGUUAUUUUGUGGACUAAAAUUUGGCCUUGAUAAUAUGUAUUUACGUGGACUAAAAUUUGCUUUGUCAUUUACUACUAGUAGUAAUAUGGGCUGGGCUGAGGAUUAGUGGGUAAGGUGGGCCGGGCCGGGCCUGAACUGUCAGUGAGGCCCAUUUGAUAUUGAGCAGUGUGCUGCCUGUGCCUGCCUCCUGCAGAGAGACAAAAGACACCACAUAAGCCAUGUUUAGUUCUCAAAAA